AGCUCCAGUGUAGUACAAGGGAAGGUGUGAGAAUCAGGUAUUGUACAGGCAGGGGAGCGGGCAUGUGCAAGGGGGCUGAAACUGAUGGACAGCUGAGUCCUGUGUGUCACAUCCCUACACUGUCAUACAAACCAGAUGACCAGGAAUAUCCCUCACCUACCUGAGGACACUCAAGUGACAGAUGUAUCCAAGUGACAGUUAUAUGCCAACACAAGACUGGCACUCCAGUGGUUUGGUGACCGUACAUUGCUGCAGCAAUUAAUAUCAGCUUGGUAUUGCUUAUCUUUCUUUUACAGGAAUUUAUCUAAUAAUUAGUGUUGCUUGUCCCAGAUUAAUUUCUAUAAUUGUAUCCUGAUAACGUAUCACAGUGUAUCCCUUUCUGGGGCCCUGGCAAUUAUCAAGCACAAAAUCACCCGGCUGGAAGCGUUUGGGUCUGGAUACAACUAUUGAGAAAAUACUGAAUUCUUCAUUUGUUCCUGUGUUUGGUUAAGACUCUUCUGGCAGUAAAUGUGUUUGGACAACAGAGAGUGUCGGCCGUAUUCACCCCAGUUCUUCAGAGGAGAGCUGUCUGCUGUUUUACAUAUCCAGGAGGACUUGAAAGGUUAACAUCCCAUAGAUUGUAGCAAAUCCUUGCCGUCAAUGUGUGCCGUCGCACUCCUGGACUCGCUGUCAGCCACAUGUGGAUUCCGUGACCCAGAGCAAUGGCUAGCAUGGAGAAUGAGCAGCCAGCCCCGUCUACCUGCUGCAGCACAAACAGUCGCCAGACCACGCCAGCGCUCCCAGUCUAUAGCGGGAUGCCAGACCGUCAGACUGUGCAGGUGAUACAGCAGGCUCUGCACCGCCAGCCAAGCACAGCAGCGCAGUAUCUACAGCAGAUGUACGCAGCGCAGCAACAGCAUCUCAUGCUGCAGACCGCGGCGCUGCAGCAGCAGCAGCAACAGCAGCACCUGAGCAGUGCACAGCUGCAGAGCCUGGCCGCAGUACAGCAGGCCAGUCUGGCAGCCGGCAGACAAGGGGCUUCUCCUGGUGUCAGUGCCCCUCAACAGAGCCCAUCCCAGCCUCCUACGAUUAACCUCGUCAGCUCUCCGCAGAUUAUCAGCCGCGCUCAGACGGUGAGCACCACUCCAUCCUCAGGGAUCACUCAGCAGGCCGUGCUCCUGGGAAAUGCUUCCACUCCUGCUCUGACUGCCAGUCAGGCUCAGAUGUACCUGCGGGCUCAAAUGCUCAUCUUUACUCCUACAGCCACGGUGACAAGUGUCCAGUCAGAGGUCAGUGCUGGAGCCACUACACAGACCCCAAUUAGCAGCACUCAGGUGCAGAACUUGGCAGUGCGGGGACAGCACUGUGCAGCAGGAGGGCUCAGCUCCCAAUCGCAUCUCCCCAAUAUCGCUAUGAAGCCACCCACAAGCAACCUCAGCCUCCAGCCAGUGACCAGCACAUCUCAAGUCAAACCUACCGCACACAUAAUCCUGCCAGGGGGCCGAGGGGGCAUUAGUGAUUCGUCAGACAUCCACAAGAAGGGGGAAGGUCAUAUCACUGAUGGUCGUGCAGGACCUACCAGCCGGACUGUGGUACCCGUAACUGCUCACUCAAUCAUCACUCCAGCGUAUCCUCAUCAACCUGUGCAGCAGCAGAAGCAGAUUCAGCACCAGUUUGUUAUACAGCAGCAGCAGAUCCAGCCACGUCCCGUCCUCCCUCUCACCCAGAUCAGCUCUCCCCUGCAGCCCCUCACCCACCAGCCACAGCUGUCCCAGUGUCUCACCGCCCCACCCAUCACUUCUCAGGCUCAGCUGGAGCCCCCCUCUACAUGCACUGAAUCCAACAGGCAGAGGCCCAGCCCGGUGUUACAGAUCUCCACUGCCCAGCCAAGCCCAACAGUACCUGAAAAACUCAUCCAGGAAGGGCAGGAAGUGGCUGCACAGCGCAGGCUGCUCCCACAAAGCUCUACUGUCAUCCUGCAAAUCCAGGCACCCCCAGCGGCGACACCUCCUCUCCAGGAAACCGCUCGUAAACUGGUUCCUCCUCCUGCGCCGAGGAAUCUCGUGAACAGCCCCACACUCAUACAGAUGCAUCCGCAGCCUGCCCCACUAUCCCAGGGUACUCUGUCACUCACGCCAUCUGCUGUCUCCCUCACAGUGGCACCGAGACUCAAUCUAACCCAAUCUGACGAUUCCAGCCAGCUGUGUCUUCCUGAUCCAAACGUCCAUCUUGCCUUGGACAUGACCUCUGGGAACGGAUCCUCCCCGGUGCCUAUUGCUGCCACAGGCACCACACCGCAGAAUGGUGAGAAUAAACCACCGCAGGCCGUGGUCAAACCCCAGAUCCUCACCCAUGUCAUUGAAGGCUUCGUGAUCCAAGAAGGAGCCCAACCCUUCCCGUCACACAGGAGCAGAGCUGUGCUAGAGGUGGGUCGAUCAUCGCUACUGGUGGCGGCUCAGGAGAAGUUUCAGCAGGGACUGUUGGCUGAGAAGCUUCCCCAGCAAGACAAUAAUACAACUACAACCACUACAGACUCAGAAAUGGAGGAGUCUUUUGUACCAGGAUCCAAAGAUGAUGAAGAUCCUCCAAAACUUAAAUGUGAACUAUGUGGUCGGGUGGACUAUGAGUACAAGUUUAAACGCUCAAAAAGGUUCUGUUCUAUGGCUUGUGCCAAAAGAUAUAACGUAGGUUGCACCAAACGGGUAGGGCUAUUUCACCCUGAUCGCAGCAAGUUGCAGAAACCGGGAGGUCCCAAACAUGGGAGGAGGAGAUCAAGGAAAGGCGUCUUACAGAGUGCCAGUACAGACCCAAAGAAACAGAUUCCAGGAUCCAUCACCCCUCUGAGCGCUGUGCCUUUAUCCACUUCCUCUGCACUGAAACACAUCAACAGCCAGGAGGACUCCAGCCGGUGCUCAGAUAACUCAAGCUAUGAGGAGCCGCUCUCCCCUCUUUCUGCCAGUUCUUCACUGUCCCAACAGAGACAAAGUGAGAGAGACCUGGAACUUCCUUCCUUACCCGGUACAGACCUGCUGGAACUGAACCAUAACUUCCUACCCAGCGACCCCACCAAGUGGAACGUGGAAGACGUGUCUGCGUUCAUCAGGUCCUUGCCAGGCUGCCAAGAGAUUUCUGAGGAAUUCAGAGCACAAGAGAUAGACGGCCAAGCCUUGCUGUUGCUUAAGGAGGACCAUCUCAUGAGUACUAUGAACAUUAAACUGGGACCAGCACUAAAGAUCUAUGCCCGAAUCAGUAUGCUGAAAGACUCCUAGAUAUACUGGAUUUCCAAAUGGAGAAAAAUAACGUUUGGACACAUUUAGUAUUUUGUCGGUCUUCUGUGUGAGAUGGUGCUGCACACACUUCCCUUGUCCAUGAUGGUGCUGUGAUGGGACAGUAAAACAAUGUGUGAGAAUAGCAAUGCUGAGGCAUCUGAUGGCUGUUCUGUACCAGGUAUCAUAGCCACACUAGAAAUAGGAAAUGUAAUUUCCUGAGGCCAAAGUUACAAGUGUUCAAUGUUUCCUUCACUUCUAUGAAAGUAUGGAUGAAAUAUUAACGUCAUUGUCCACAUGUGGAAGACGCUUUUGUAUAAAACCCUAUAAAAAAAUAACUGGAUACGAGUGGACACAACUUUAUUUAUGAUUUCAUAAUUUUUUUUAUACAAUUUUUUUUUUUUUAAAGGAAUUUUGUUUUUCUCCGGACAUGUGCUGUAAACAAUUUAGUGUUUUGUAAUCAGAAGAUGUUGCUGGUUUCUAAGUAUUUCAGGACAAUUUCUCCUGUGGGAAGAACUACAAUGCACUACUGAUAUUUCCUAUAAGGUUUUAACCAUCAAGGAGGAAAAAAAGUAUUCGAGUAGCUGGUGGUUGUCAACUACAGAAAUUUCUUAAAUGUGAUGCCCGAGGUUUUACAGCUUUGUAGAUUUUUCUUUUUUCUUUUCAGAAUAAAUAGAAAGUGAUGCGCGGGAGCUAAUCCUAUUUUA